AUGGGCAUCAUCCUAAUGCCUGAGGUGAAGGAUAGAAUGUCACUGGCAGCCAGACGGUCCUCCUUUCUGGGUCGUUUGGACCCAUCGCUAUCCUCACGUUACACAUGGGUGACUCCUCUGCGCAUCGAUGUCAGCAGGUCACUGAGCAGGGCAGGAAGACGGGCUGACCAGUUCAAGAGAAGAGCCUUCUACACUAUUGUGGCCAUACUGGCGGUGCUGGUGGUGAGGUUUGUUUGGGAUCUGGUGUGGACUGUUCUGGACACAGGGAAUAUCUCGGUGUGUCUGAUGAUGCCUCAUGUAGGUGAUGGGAUGAACGACAGCCAGGAGAAAAGCUCCAAAAAGUAUGUUCUGGGAGAAAACUGCAAAAGCUCAGGAAGACAAAACUCUUACCGACACCUGACUGGACACAAAAACAGCGAGAAGAUGAUCUGCAGGAUCCCGCUGCUCAUCAUCCUCACAUCACAUGUCUGUGCAGCAACAUUUGUAGUGAAUGUGACACAGAGCUCCUAUCAGACAGAGGGGAAUCACAACAUCACCCUGGAGUGGACCUUCACCCCCAACCCUGGCCCCUCCUCCAGCCCUCCUGACAUCUACUGUGACUUCACAAACCAUCUGGGCGUCUCAGCUGUCUUUUAUAUGUUUGACGGCGUUGACAUCUUGAAGUAUCAACAUGAACAGUUUGCAGGACGGGUCCAGAGCGAAAGAGAUGCUCUGAGAGAGGGACGACUAAGACUCCACAUGUCCGGACUCAGGACUGAGGACUCAGGACAGUACUGGUGUAGACUGGACACAGAGUUUGGAGGGGGGUCUGCCAGCUGUGAAGUCCUUGUCUCUGCUGCAGGGCAGCUCCAACCUCAGAAACCAGCUGUGACGGCACGACCAGAGAGUGACGAGAGAAACAGCCUCUACACGGAGAUAAUUGGUGGAGGAGCAGUUCUGAUUGUUUGUUUUGGAGUUUGGUAUUCAGUCAUUUUCAAGAAGCAUCUAAUUCUUGAAGCAUUUACAAGAUGUAAGGACAAUAUCUUCAGAUUUCAUUUAAAGACAGCCUGUCACAACCCGAGCUGUUCUGCCUCCUCUCCUCUGAGGACUUGUUCUCCUGAACAUCAGAGAUCCAGCCGUGAGCAGUUGAAUUGAA